AACAAGGUUCCGACCGCGGGCGUCGACCUCUCUCAGCCCAUCGCGACCGUCCUCCGGGAGGGCACCCGCGAAGCCCACCAACGCGCCGAGCACUCCCAGGGCGCACAAUCGCUCACGCGCGGCGAGCUCGACCGGGAGGAGUACGCCCGCUUCCUCAUGCUGCUCUGGCACGUCUACGACGCAUUCGAGCGCGCCCUCGAGCAGCACGCCACGCACCCCGUCCUCGCCCCGACGCACAACCCGGGCCUCUUCGCGCGCUCCGCGAACCUCGCCGCGGACAUCAGCUACAUCCUCCAGGUGCCCGAGCCGUCCUGGCAGGCGCACCCCGUCCACGCCGCGCUCGUGCAGGCGCCGCCGCCCGCGCUCGCACGGUACGUCGGGCGCAUCGAGGAGCUCGCGGCGGGCCCGGACCCGGCCAGGCUCCUCGCGCACGCGUACGUCCGCUACCUGGGCGACCUCUCGGGCGGGCAGUUCAUCCGGCGGCGCAUCGCCAAGGCGUACGGGCUCGAAGGGGGCGUCGGGGGCGUCAGCUUCUACGAGUUCCGGACGCUGACGGGGUCUUUGGAGAGCGCGAACGCGGGGGAGAUGAAGCGGAUCAAGGAAUGGUACCGCGACGGGAUGAACGAGGGCGUUGGGGACAACGCGGAGCUGAAGGCCGCGAUCCUGGAGGAGGCGAACCUCGCGUUUGAGUUCAAUACUGGGCUGUUUGACGAGCUCAAGCCGCCGUCUAGGCCGUCCACCAUCGCGACUACCGCUACGGUAGACGUCGUCCCGACUCCCCUCCACUCACCUGUCGACUCCUCGUCUCCGCCCUCGACGCCGUUCGUAGAAGACAUGGGAGACUCCCCCGAGCUUGCUGCCAUCAAAGCGCGGGGCGGCUCGAAGACGGUCUUCGAAGCGACCGAGGGACCGACGUCGUCAGUGACGUUCGCUGCGACGUCCGUCAUCGCCUUUAUCGUGGCCUUCUCGAUCGCGCACUUCACGCUCGUCGUCGGUGGCUUCACAGGCUCGAAGGGGUACGCCAAGCUCGAGAUAUUCACGCAGUGGCUGGACAACUUC